CAGAAAUUAAUCGAUGUUUCGGAAAGCCAACAAGUUUUUGAGCGGUGGUGGCAAGGCGGAGCCAACCACGAAGCAAGACGAUGAAGGCGAGUCGUUAAUAACCGUACUAGAAACAGAUGAAGAUCGUAGUGCCCUUACGAUUCUGGUUUGUGAUAUCACUGAACUCAUGCGCAAACGGCUCGUCAACACAUUUGACCCUAAAGAAACUACUUCUCAAGUGGAUCAGCUUGCUACAAAUACGACCGAAAAUGUCGAGUCCGUCGACAUCGAUCAAACGACCAAUGAUGAACGAAAUAAGGAAAUACAGAAAACAUCAGAGAAAGACAGAGCUGGAAUUACUAAGCUAGAGAAGGAAGUUGGCGAAGCGAAGAUGGUUGCAUUGAAGACCAGUGCUCUGGAGUUCUUUGAUGACUGGAGAGACAGCAUUAUUCUCCGCGUUGGGGAAGUUGUUAAUUCAAGAGAAACAGCUCAAAACCAGUCGAAGCAAGCGAAACCAGAACUAUCACGUUCAGAUCUCGAAUCAAGUACGGACGAAACCAAGACUGACGAGAAUGAGGAUGAAAUUGCCGAAGCACUACUAAAGCUAUAUGUCCCUAUCGAAACCCCACUACGUAAAGUGGCUAAAGAGAAGAGAAUGUUGAUACUUCAUUCGGUACUCUUGCUUCUCCUAAGCCUAGAACAUUACAAUGCGCACUCACGCAUCCUCCUAUUACACCUAACCACGAGCCUAGGACUCUCGGUCACGGUACUUUCCGAAGACGAAAAGAAGGUCGCCCGAGGACUCUUAACAGCAGCCGAGAAAAUGUCGGGUGACGAGGAGGCUAAGAAACGAGCCGACAAAAAUCGGACAUCCCGUAGAUGGAAAAUGGGCAUCGCUGGAGUUGCCGGCGCAGCUCUCAUCGGAAUUACAGGCGGACUAGCAGCGCCUCUCUUAGCAUCUGGUCUCGGUACAGUCUUGGGUGGCAUUGGCUUAGGAGCUACCGCCACCGCGGGAUACCUUGGAGCAUUAGCUGGAAGUGGCGUACUGGUCGGUAGCCUAUUCGGGGCUUACGGUGCUAGGAUGACCAGCAAAGCUAUGGAACAAUAUACUAGAGACGUGGAAGAUUUCGCAUUUGUGCCCACCUAUGAGCCGGAGAGCGAAAUCGAUGCACGCCGAUUGCGGGUUGCCAUUGGCAUAUCAGGUUGGCUCGGCAAUAAAGACGACGUAGUUGGGCCUUGGAAGUGCAUUGGGCCAGGCCAGGAGACGUUCGCUCUUCGCUUUGAGCUUGAAUCUCUAAUGAAUCUGGGAAAUGCACUUACUACUCUGGUCACUUCUACCGCUUGGUCGUAUGCAAAGUCCGAAAUCAUUAAACGCACCGUGUUCGCUGCACUAACAGCUGGGUUAUGGCCAUUAGCACUCCUUAAAGCCCGCCAUCUCAUUGACAAUCCUUGGUACGUCGCCAAUCAACGAGCACAGAAGGCCGGAGAGGUGCUUGCGGACGCUCUCAUCAACAAAGCGCAAGGCGAACGACCUGUCACGCUCGUGGGAUAUUCACUCGGCGCUAAAGUUGUCUUCGUGUGCCUUCAACAGCUCGCCGAGCGUAAAGCCUUUGGGCUCAUCGAAAACGCGAUAAUACUAGGCGCACCAGCUCCGAGUAACUCUGCUGACUGGCGCCGGGUUCGCUCUGUGGUCACUGGUAGAGUGGUUAACGUAUACAGCACGAAAGAUUACAUGCUCGGUUUCUUAUCUAGAACCAGUAGCAUCCAAUUCGGCGUAGCUGGACUUAGCCCAAUACUCAACGUGAAGGGCGUCGAGAGUGUCGAAGUGGGAGAUCUGGUCAAUGGUCAUACGUUAUAUCGUCAUGCGACCGCUCCGAUUCUAAAAAGAAUCGGUUUCGAGGAUAUAGAUUUCCAGGAACUUGGACACGAAGAACAAAAACUCGCAGAGCAAGAGAAAGAUGAAGAGGAGCAGCGCAAAGCUGCUAAACCCGACACCAACCUGUCACCCGCCAGUGUUGAGGAAGGUGUAGAUGCCGAGGUCAACAAAAUGGAACAUGAAAUAGAGCAAAAGAAUAAAACAAAAUAGCCCAGUCAAAUGAGGGUGGUUAUAGUUGCUGGUAUCGCAGACAAUACGAGGAUGCGAAAGUACGGCACGAAUUACCUAGCUAGGU